AUGAAUUCACGUGAACUAUCAAGUUUUAAACAAUUAAUAAUACUUCAUCCAUUACUUAAAGAUGAACAACGAGAUCGUAUUACAAUUAUGAUUUCAGGAAAAAAAUUUUUUGUACAAAAUCGUCAAUUAAAAAUUUUCCCUGAAACAUUAUUGGGUAAUGAAGAUAAACGACGUAUGUUCUAUGAUAAUAAAUUACAUUUAUAUAGAUUUAAUCGACAUCCGUCUAUAUUUGAAUCUAUACUUUAUUAUUAUUUAAAUCCUGGAAUUCUUAUUCGACCACCUCAUAUUGAACCUGAAAUUUUCUAUGAUGAACUUCGUUUUUGGAAUAUAAAUGAAAGCCUUAUUGAGAUAUUUAUCGAAGAAGACAUGAUACAUUUAGAUAAUAUUCGUCUUUUACCAGCACAAAAAUGGCGUUGUAUUAUUUGGAAAACUCUUAUGUACCCAAAAAGUAUUCAUUUUCCAUAUAGUGAAUUAGUAAUAGGAACAUGCAUAUUAACAACAUUAUUAUCAUGUAUACCAUUUAUAGGAGAAAUUAUACCGACAGUAACUGAAUUAAAUAAACUUCAAAGUAUACUUGGUGUUGAACAAAUAUAUUUUCCAUUAUAUAUACGUUCAUUUUAUAUAAUUGAAAUUAUUUCUAUAGCAAUAUUUUCUAUUGAAUUAAAUUUACGAAUAAUAUCAGCACCAAUAUUUUCUUUGAUUAUUUAUGAUAUAAUUAAUUUUCUAGAUUUGAUAAUUAUUUUAUCUGGUUCAAUUUGUUUAAUUUGUUAUCAUUUACAUAAUAUUCGUCAUAUAAAUAAUUUUCUUUCAUUUUACUAUUGGUUACUUAUUUUAAAAUCAUUUCGUAUUUAUCGAUUAACACGAUAUAUGGUACAUAUAAGAUUAUUAUAUAAAGCAGUGGCUAUUAGUUUAAAUGAAGUUUGUUCACUAAUUAUUUCAGUAAUAUUCUGUAUGUUAUUAUUUGGUACAUUGAUUUAUAUCAUCGAUAAUUCAGAACCGGAAUCAAAUACAAGAAAUAUUCUUGAUGGAUUUUGGCUUGCUUUUAUUACAUUAACUACGUUAGGCUAUGGUGAUAUAUAUCCUCGUUCCUUUGAAGCUCGAAUAGCUGCUGGUCUAUGUGCUUUAAUAGGCAUUAUUAUCUUUAGUGAACGAAUUAUGAAUCAAUUGCCGACAUAUAAUAAUGUCAAUGAUGGACUUGCAUCUCGACGUUACUCAGGUUUUCCACUUAACUCAACAUUAGUUAGUUCUUAUACUCCCGAUACAAUUCGAAGUAUUAUUAGUCAUGCUGCAGCUGGACAACCUUAUUCAACGGCUGUUUGGAUUCGUAUUAAUCGAAUUGGAAUUCAAGUAAGUGCACAAGAUCCUCAAAUAGCUCGAACACGCAUACCAGUCUUUAUUCCAAUUGGACUUGUACAUGAUAUUUUUAUGUUACCAAAUAUAAAUAAUGUUAUUUGUAUUGUUUAUGAUGAAUUACAAUCAAAUAUGAAAGGUGUUUUAUUAUAUGUUGUUCAUCCAUCUGAUGCACAAUCAUUACGUGAUGAUUUUCGUAUUGUUAAACAAGCAAGUAAUAAUCAACAAGUUCCACCAGCACCAUAUUCAAGUCCAUUCGAUAGUCGUUUUUCGCAAGUAGGUGAUAUUCAUCCAUUAGGAAAUAAUCGUAUGUAUACUCCAACAUCACCAAGUAAAUCUCCAGUGUCAAAUGAACUUUAUCGAAAUACAGUUAAUAUUCGACAAUCAUCACCAAGACGUAUUAUACAUAUUCGAGAAAAUGAAACUAAUUUAACACCAACAAUACAUGAACUUAGUUAUACAUCAACAAGAGGUAGUUUUAAUAAUGGAGAAGAAGAUACUCAUCGACGUCAUAAAAGUCAAAAAAGAAGUCAAAAAUCACAUUCACCAACUAAACGUUCAAGUGAUAGUGCAGUUAAACGAGAAAGAAAACAUAGAUCACGUUCACCUGAAAAACAUGCUAGAUCAAAAUUACGUAUUAGUAGUAGUAAUCAUGAAAUAUCAUCAGAAGCAGUACAACAACAGCAACAACAACAACAACAACAAUGGCUUAUUCAACAACAACAACAAUGGCUUCUACAACAACAACAAAUGGCAACUUGGCAAGCUGCUCAACAAGCACCAUCAGUUCCUAUUGGUAUUUAUAAUCGUUAUGUUCCAAAAACUAUUCCAUUACCAACAGGUGAAACACUUAAGACAGCUAUACCAUCAUCAAAUGUCAAUGGUGCAGCAACGAAUGGUGCAGCUAUGGCUUAUAUUGAACCACAGCAGACUGCCAAUAUCAAAGAUACUCAUAAUUUACCAUCUUUAUCUACAGGCUCUCAUCAACGCCAACCACAAAAUCGUUCAUCAACUAAUGCACCAUCACCUGCCUAUGUACAAUCGGCACAUCACCAUCACGGUCAUCAUCAUCAUCAUCGAUAUCAUGCUGAUGAUAAUACAGCAGGAUUAUCAAAACCUGAUUCAAAUAUAUAUGGUAAUGUAACACAAACUUCUCGAUCACGUCCAAAAUAUUCUGCAUCAAAAGACCAUAAUAAAACACCAGAUAAUGAUGAAGACACAAAACAAUAUUUAAAAAUGUUAGUUGAUGAAAUGCAAGCAAUGAAAAUUGAAAUGAAUAAAAUACGACAAACAGCUCUUGAUGUACCAAAAGGACGUUCAGAUUCAUUACAAGGUGAUUUAAAAGAAAUGCGUGCUCAUAUUGAUCGCAUUCGUUCACGAAUGGCUUUAACACCAAAAAUUCCUGAAAACUAA